UAUAAAUGUUGAACAUCUAAGUAUAAACUUUACAAAUUUUUUUCUUCUUCUUCUUCUUCUUCUUCGAAAAGGCCUCCUCUGCUACCCUCUUGCAGUGGUGGACAACUGAUCGAGCGUUGUUUCUUGAGAAUUGAGAUGAAUCGCCACAGCAAAAUCUUGGACGCAAUAGCGUCGAUCUCCUUGCAUCCAUGAACAUAAGAUCGGGAUAUAUGGUGGCACGGUGGGUAGGCAACAACUCGGAUAAUGAACAGUGGAUGCAUGUCCCUAGUGAUGAAAUCCUCUCGAUUUAUGAGUUACGACACAUUUGUGAAUAAGAACACCCGGAGGCCCCGACAGACAACUGAUCGAGCUGCAAACUUAGCCCCUCAGCCCAUCGAUCCACCUAGCUCUCCUAGAAGAAAUGGCGGUGGAGAUCCUCGAGUCCUGCAUGGUGACGCCCGGCGAGGCGGCGACGCCCAAGCAUGGAGUGUGGCUCUCCAACCUCGACCUCCUCGUGGCCAGGAGCCACACGCCCACCGUCUACGUGUACCGGCCCAGCCCCGGCCCGGCCUUCUUCUCGCCGGACGUCCUCAAGGCCGCCCUGUCCAAGGCGCUCGUCCCCUUCUACCCCCUCGCCGGCCGGCUCGCGCGGGACGGCGCUGGCCGCCCGGAGAUCCACUGUACCGGCGACGGCGUGCUCUUCGUCACCGCCCGCGCCGACGCUACGCUCCAAGACCUCGGCGGCUUCGUCCCGUCGGACGAGCUGCGGCGGAUGCUUGUCCCCUCGGCCGACGGCGGCGACGACCGCGCCGGCAUUCUGGCCAUGUUCCAGGUGACGUUCUUUAAGUGCGGCGGCGUGUGCGUCGGCGCGGCGAUCCACCACACGGCGGCGGACGGCCUCGCGGCGCUGGACUUCGUGAACACGUGGGCCGCCAUCGCGAGAGGCGUCGGCGAGGCCGCGCCGCGCCCGUGGCUGGACCGCACGCUCCUCCGCGCGCGCUCCCCUCCCGCCGUGCGCUUCGACCACGCCGAGUACUCCCGGCGCGGAGGCGGUUCGACGAAGGCGGCCAAGGUCCCGUUCGACUCCGCCAUCCUGCCCGUGUCCAAGGCCCAGAUCGACGCGCUCAAGGGCGGCAAGAAGCUCUCCACGUUCAAGGCCUUGGUUGCCCACGUUUGGCGGUGCGCGUGCAAGGCUCGAGGCCUCGCGGCGACGGAGGACACCCGCCUGUACAUGACCGCCGACGCGCGCUCCCGCGUCCGCCCGCCGCUGCCGGACGGGUACCUCGGCAACGCCAUCUUCCGCGCGUCGACGGUGGCCAAGGUGGGCGACGUGGUCUCGGAGCCUCUGGACGCCGCCGCGGACAGGAUCUCCGGCGCCACCGCCCGGCUGGACGACGAGUACAUCCGGUCGCUGGUGGACUACCUGGACCAGGUGGUGAGCGACGCGGCGGGGCUGCGCAAGGGCGAGUGGGUCAUGCCGGAGACCGACCUGUGGGUGAUAAGCUGGCAGGGGCUACAGAUCUACGACGCGGACUUCGGCUGGGGCCGGCCGGCGUUCAUGAGCCGGGCGUGCCUCCAGUUCAGCGGCCUCGUGUACCUCGUCCCCGGGCCGGACGGCGACGGACGGCUCGACGUUGUCGUGGCCAUGGAGCCCAAGAGCUUGGCCCGGUUCAAGAAGCUGCUCUACGAGGAGCUCAAGUAGCAGACGAGCAGCGCUUCGUGCUCGCCUGGAGGAGCCUGCCUAUAUCGCUGCUGCGCCCUGUGCUGCUACGCAUUCCCGUAUGUGCUGGAACUUACUUUUCCGUGCAUUGCAUUUCUGUAUUUUGUACUGGUAGUUUGUAUUGGCAUCUUGUGUACGCUCCACGCAGCGCUAGUUGCUACUGCGUCACAGAGGCGAAUUUUAAGGGGGGCUAGGAGGAUCAAACCUCCCUACCUGCUUCAAGAUUAAUGCAUAUCUUUUUAAGCUCCCU